GGCAGACGCGGGGCGCGCGGGACUGGUAGAGCUGGCGGCGGCGCCCGGCUAGCAGUGCUGCCCGCGCUUCCCGGCCUUCGCGCCCACUGUCCGUGCCCGCCUUGCCCGUCCCGCCAUGGCCGCAGCCGCCCUCCCGCCCCGGCCUCGCCCCGGGCCUGGGCCCCGGCCGCUGCCUCUGCUCCUGCUGCCUCUGCUGCUGCUGCUGCGUGCCAGCCCGGUGCGCGCUGACAGUAAGGUGUUCGGCGACGUGGACCAGGUGCGCAUGACCUCGGAGGGCUCAGACUGCCGCUGCAAGUGCAUCAUGCGGCCGCUGAGCAAGGACGCGUGCAGCCGGGUGCGCAGCGGGCGGGCGCGAGUGGAGGACUUCUACACGGUGGAGACUGUGAGCUCCGGCACCGACUGCCGCUGCUCCUGCACCGCGCCGCCCUCCUCGCUCAACCCCUGCGAGAACGAGUGGAAGAUGGAGAAACUCAAGAAACAGGCACCCGAGCUCCUCAAGCUGCAGUCCAUGGUGGAUCUCCUGGAGGGCACCUUGUACAGCAUGGACCUGAUGAAGGUGCACGCCUACGUCCACAAAGUGGCUUCCCAGAUGAACACGCUGGAAGAGAGUAUCAAGGCCAACCUGAGCCGGGAGAACGAGGUGGUGAGGGAGAGCAUGCGCCACUUCAGGGAGCAGCUGGGGCACUACAAGAACCACUCAGCCAUCAUGAUGAGCAUCAAGAAGGAGCUCUCCAGCCUGGGCCUCCAGCUGCUGCAGAAGGACGCGGCCACGGCGCCCGCCGCUGCCCCAGCCCCCAGGCCUGGCAGUAAGGCUCAGGACACAGCUGGAGGGAAAGGCAAAGACAACAACAAAUAUGGCAGCAUGCAGAAGAGCUUUGUAGACAAGGGCCUCCCAAAACCUCCUAAGGAGAAGCUGCUGAAAGUGGAGAAGCUGAAGAAGGAGGGCAAGGGCAGACUCCCCCAGACCACAGCCAAGCCCCGGGCCCUGGCCCAGCAGCAGGCUGUGAUCCGAGGCAUCACCUACUACAAGGCGGGCAGAAAGGAGAUGACCGAGGCCGUGGCUGAUAACGCCCUCAAGGGCACUUCCUGGCUGGAGCAGCGGCCACCCCGGGUGGAGGGCAGGCAGCCUGAGCCCAACUCAGCAGAGCGUGAUGAGACUGGGCCCAGGGCCUCUGAGGGAGCGGACUUGGCCCCUGGCACCCCUGCCUCGGAUCCCACCCCCACCCCUACCCUGUCUCCCAUCACUAGUCCUCUGCCCACCACGCCACGUUCACGCCCAGAAGUCCCCAGCCAAGGCAGAGAGGCGAGCUGCGAGGGCACCCUCCGGGCCGUGGACCCCCCUGUGAGACACCACAGCUAUGGGCGCCAUGAGGGAGCCUGGAUGAAGGACCCCGCUGCGAGGGAUGACAAGAUCUAUGUCACCAACUACUACUAUGGAAACAGCCUGGUGGAAUUCCGCAACCUGGAAAACUUCAAGCAAGGCCGCUGGAGUAACAUGUACAAGCUGCCCUACAACUGGAUUGGCACAGGCCACGUGGUAUACCAGGGCGCCUUCUACUACAACCGCGCCUUCACCAAGAACAUCAUCAAGUACGACCUGCGGCAGCGCUUCGUGGCCUCCUGGGCGCUGCUGCCCGAUGCGGUGUACGAGGACACCACACCCUGGAAGUGGCGCGGCCACUCGGACAUUGACUUCGCCGUGGACGAGAGUGGCCUGUGGGUCAUCUAUCCCGCUGCGGAUGACCACCAUGAGGCCCCGUCCGAGGUGAUUGUGCUGAGCCGCCUGGACCCCGGCGACCUGUCAGUGCACCGUGAGACCACGUGGAAGACGUGGCUGCGGCGAAACUCCUACGGGAACUGCUUCCUGGUGUGCGGCAUCCUGUACGCCGUGGACACCUACAACCAGCGGGAGGGCCAUGUGGCCUAUGCCUUCGACACGCAUACAGGCACCGACGCCCGCCCGCAGCUGCCCUUCCUCAACGAGCACGCCUACACCACCCAGAUCGACUACAACCCCAAGGAGCGGGUGCUCUAUGCCUGGGACAACGGUCACCAGCUCACCUACACCCUCCACUUCGUGGUCUGAGCGAGACCUGGGCUCACGGGAGAGGAGUGGCCGUGGGCAUGGGGGGCUCCCCACAGUGACUCCUGCAAGGGACUCCCUCAGCAAAUAUUUAUUUACUGGGCCCAGGCCUGGAGCUAGGUGCUAGGCAGUGGGCACAGCCAGCGUCAAGCUUCCUCAGCACUCAGUGGAGUAAUAAUCACUUACAUUUGCACAACACUGCCAAGAGCUUCAUGUGCACUAACCCACUUAAUCCUCCUGACACCCUUGGAGGUAGAGACAGUUAAGCCCAUUUAACAGGUGAGGAGACUGAGGCCUCACUUUGGAUCCGGCAAGCCCAUUUUACAGAUGAGACCUGACCAUGCUCUACCCUAACCUCUCCCCUACCUCCAACCCUCUCCCCUCUCCCCUCAUUUCUCUUGUUCUCUCAAGUCUAUCUCCCUUCCCCGGGGCUACUCAAAACCAGAGGCCUUUGGGACCAACACACUAGUGUUGGGUGGAGGCCCAGCUCUGCGUGCCACCCCAGGCCCCUGUUCUGACGGAGCUGUUGGUGGCCCUGGGGCUUUGGGCCCUUUGGCUAAUGGGCUAAUGUCCUUGUUCCAUGCCUUUGGCCAGCCCCCCAUCCCCACCCCACCCACCGUCUGACCACAUUCCAAACCUCCACAGUCACCCAGCCACUGAGCAGAAACCACACCCCGAGAAAAAAUACCAGCCCCCGUUCCAAGACCCCCCCCCCCAGC